CUAGGGGGUUGAGAGGGAGCGCCAAGUAGUAGUAACUCCAGUACUAGAGACAGAUACAAAAGGAGGCAUCACACCACCCCCCAGCCUCAGCCCAGCCAAAGCGCAAGCAUUCCCGAGCAACGCAACACGGCCGCCCGGCCUCCCUCCCAAGAACGCCAAGAACCUUCUUCCCGAUCCUCCCCCUCCCCGUCCCACCAGUCCGGCCUAGGUGUCCGUGCGUGGUAGCCAGGCACGCGCGCGCGCGUCCGAUCGGGGCGCGCCGGUGGCCGGGAGAUGGAGGCGGGCUCGGCCGCGUCGCCGGACCUCUCGCUGCACAUCAGCCUGCCCAGCACUGGCCCGCCGACGGGCCCGGGGGGCGGUGGAGGCGGGCGCGGGCCUGUGGGCGGCGGCGGCGGGGACCCCUGGAGGAGGCUGAACGGGUCCACGGCGUCCACGGAGCUGUCCUUGUCCCCGCCCCUCCUGGCCGCCGACCAGGAGGGCGCCGCCCAGCCGUGGCGGCACAGGCCCUCGUCGUCGGCUGCGGCGUCCUCGGCCGCCACCACGUCCGCCCAGGCCGCGCUGAUGACCAUGCCGAUGCUGCAGCCGCUGGACGCGGGUGUCGGCGGCGCGUCGGCCGCGCCGCCAAUCCGGGGGAUACCUAUCUACAACGGCGCCGGGGGCUUCCCGUUCCUGCCGCCGGCGCCUGGGGGAGGAGAAGGGCACCACAUCCCGAAGGUCGGCUUCUACAGCUACCACCAUCCGGCGACGUGGCCCUCCUCCCUGGGAUCGACGUCGCCGUCCUCUCUCGGGCCGGGGCCGGCGCCACCCGCGAAUUCCUUCGACCCCACGGCGGCGUUCCUGUCCUCGGCCGCGCACCAUCGCAUGCUAUCGGCCUCCGGGAGGCUAAACGGCAUGCUCUCCGACACCCUCCGCAGCUACGGCGGCCCCGGCGGCGGCGUCGGCAUGGGUCUCGGCGGACACCAUCAUCAUCUCCACGGCGGGCAGCCCUUCGGCUUGGGGUCCCGGUUCAUGCCCAAGCUCCCCGCCAAGCGCAGCAUGCGCGCGCCCCGCAUGCGCUGGACCAGCACCCUCCACGCCCGCUUCGUCCACGCCGUGGAGCUCCUCGGCGGCCACGAGAGGGCGACGCCCAAGUCGGUCCUAGAGCUCAUGGACGUGAAGGAUCUGACGCUAGCGCAUGUGAAGAGCCAUCUCCAGAUGUAUCGCACCGUCAAGAGCACUGACAAGCCUGCCGCCUCAGGCCCGACCGACGGCGGCUCCGGCGACGACGACUUCCCCAGCGCCGGUGGCCAGGCCGGGUCCGGCGGCGACAACAACAUGUGCCCGAGGCCGUUCCCGGAGCACCGGUCCACCUCCGAGGGCGCGGCGAGCUCCGUCGGCGGCGGCGGCGGCGACAUGGACCAGUCCUCGGCGGGGAACGCCAGCACCAGGUGGAGCAACUCCUCGAGCAGGGACCCAUGGCUGUCAUCUAACUCUUGCAACAUGGAUGCUCAUCGCUCCAUUGGACUGUCUUCUCCAAUGGAGAACAUGGAGCCCUGCAGAUCAACCGGCUCGCAGGUGUCGAACCACGAGCUGAGCAGCCCGAGCCUGGAGUUCACGCUGGGCAGACCGGACUGGCAUGGCGCGGAUCAUGACUAGCCAUGCAUUGAGUCAUCAGAUCGACAAGAAAAACCUAGCAACGCUAAUUUUCGGUCCAAGAUAGUACACCGGUACUGAUCAUCUUUUAGUUGAGUUUGCCCCGGCCCCAAGUCCGUCGGCUUCCGUGAAGAAAUCAACGGCAACUUCAGAUAUAUCGCUCCGCCGGAAUAGGAGGAACACCCAGCAUGGUCGAUCGGGAAAAGCCAUAUAUAUACCGGAUUGAUAUCUGUUAGUUUAAAUUCGAGGUUUCUUUCUUGGUUUC